AUGCCUGACUGGCCCACCGGAAACCUGCAAGCUGUUGGACUCGCUUGCUUGGGAUACCUUUCUCUUGUCAAGCUCCUACGAUGGCGACGCUACAACACCGUGCACGAGAAAUACACACCCAAGUACAAGGCUGGGACGUUGACACUGCAGGAUGCGCAGGAAAUCAUAAGUGUCUCCAUGAUGUAUGACAUGCCAGCGCUUAUGAACUAUGCGCUGGCUUUUGCGCUGUUUAAAACCUAUGCUAUCCCAAGUAUCUCAAAAUUGUUAUUUGAUACCCAAGAACUGUCCCACCCGGACAAGAUCUCAAAACGGUAUGCGGACGUGACGACAUGGAUGUUUUGUCCAAUAUCAGGAAAACCCAUGACGAAUAUUCCCGAAGAUGAAAAGUGUCACGAAGAGGACCCGCGAGCGAAUAUUACCAUCUCUCGCGUCAACUGGCUGCAUUCACGUUAUAAAAUUAGAUGGGCCGAAAGAUUCGGAUGGCGGGCCCUCUCCGAGCUGGAACGUUCGGCAUUAUUGAUGUACUGGACCGAAAUUGGUCAUAGAAUGAACAUCAAGGACAUCCCAGAAACAUGGGAAGAACUCGUUCAGUGGUCACAGAAAUACGAAGAGAACAUGGUCCCAGCACAGACCAAUCACGAUGUAGCCUCUCUCACCACAGAAGAGCUCCUCCACGUCGUUCCCGAAUCCUUCGGGAUCAAGAACUUUGCUCGGAGGAUCUCAAUUUGCCUUCUCGACGACCGUGUUCGCAUCACUAUGAUGUCAGCCCACCUUUCCCUCCCAUACAUUAGCCCUUCUGACUAUAUUCACAGGCAACCAGCCCAGCCUUGGUAUCUCCACGCGUUCACUCGUGCCGUCUUACACACCUUUAGCUUCAUCCAGCAUCAUCUCUGUAUUCCUCGGAGCAAAGGAGAGCUUAUAGUCUCUGCCGAAAUGCCCAAGUUCGACAGCCGAGAUGGACCGGUUCGUAUGCAUCCGACGCGAUGGCAGCCCAAGCCUUGGUAUAAGCCACAGACGACGAGUCUUUGGGGCUCACUGAAAGACAGGCUCGCAGUCUUAAUAGGCUUCUACGACGAGAUGCCAGGGAAGAAAUAUAAGACUGAUGGUUAUAUACUGGAAGAAAUACCGGACGGGAAAGAAACGAUGCGCAUGGCUGAAGACAUGCAGGGAUGUCCGAUCCGAGCACCUUGGUUUGUGGACAUAGGUACUGCAGCGAAGGUUGAACGAUGAAUGUUCUGAACGGCGAGGUAGCUUGCUCAGAGGUAAUUCUCAGUAUAUUCAAUAGGUCGAUAGCGUGGUUGUGGAAUUCCUAUCUCAAGUACAUGGUAUAUAGCGUAGCAUCUAAAUCCUCGAUAGCAAAUGGAAAGCGUGUGCACACAUCACUCAGAGCACAAGUAAAGCAUCUAUAAAUCCCAGUCAAUCUUGUUCCAUCAUAUUGAACUGCGCCGUUUUGCUCCAGCUAGUCUGUUUAAAGCCAUCGGCCAUUAACGCCUCCUCGACGGCGUCCUUCAGUGUCGUAUCACCAUAUUCUCGCAGACGCAAAAGCACCGUCACGAAAUGGUAGACUUCAAUGGGCGAGGAGAUAUUGAAUGUCUGCACGUUGCGCUCAACAAUAUAGACGGC